AAGAUCCCUCUCUUGGUCUUUUUUAACUAUUUUCUACGUUAAACAUUUUUUCUCUAAUGAAAACGAACCAAUCAGAGGCCUUGACUACGCCAUUAAUUCCAGAUCUCGGAAACUAAAUAUUUUGAAGGCCUGUGAAUAUUACCGGCGGAUUGAGCUUGUUGACAUUACGUAGAGCAUCCCAAAAUGAACUAAAAAUAUUCUUAAAAUCGAAUAAGAGAUCGAAAAUACUUAAUUUCUACUAUUUUCUCUAUGGUAGAAAUACCCAGCGGAAUGUGUCGCAGCCUCAAUGGAAAAAAUGUGUCGCAAGUGGCUCCCGGUGUCGCAGAAUAUGUCGCAAUUUGCGACACAUGCGACACAUUAUUUUUCAGUGUGUGCUGGUGUACUGAUUAUAUCAAUUAAACAUUUUUUUUUCUUCUAGGACUAUAUUGAAAUGUUGAAACACGUAAUGGCACUUAAAUUACCAACUACUACAUGUACCAUAUAUAAUCCAAAUUAUCCAGAUACAUCCCAACAACAAAUGUGCACCACUGGUCUUUCAGUACUCAAUGAUGUUAUUGUUACAGAAUCAACAAAAUUAGGUAUACCCGUAAUUGAUCUAAAAACAAUUUUUAAUAAUGAAGCAGAUUAUGCUAAUGCCAUUGAACCAGAUAUGCCUGGCGGUGAUAAAAUAACAGACAAUAUGAUAUUAGUUGUUGAAAAACAUGAUUUUUCUUUACCAUGGAGUACAAUAUAUGCAAAAAUAAAAGAAUAUGACGAUAGUGAAGAGCAUACAACGGGAUGCUUUUGUACUCAUUAA